GCCCUCUACAAAGCCCUGUCCACGGAGUAUCCCAAACUCGUCAACAGUUAUGGUGAAUAUCGCAGCGAGAUGCUGCGUGUUCGACGACGCCUGGAAAGACCGUUCUCCGACACGGCUUCCUCUUCAGCUUCCGUUUCCUCAAUAUACAGUCUAAACGAUCCAACCAGCUGUCCUACCACCGAUACAGCAGUAAAUGUGGAAUCGACUCUACCGCUCAUAGACACCAUAUUUGCCCACAAACCUGGCCUCGGGCACCAGCGAACAGACUCCAACGCCUCCUCAGCCUCUGAGUACGAUCUCGGCAAUGGUGGUGUUCGCUUACGAACCAGUUCCUCCGCCGCCGUAGAGGCAUAG